UGUCCUCCAGGGUUGCGGCUGCUCUCUCCGACGUUUAAGAAGCUGUUCGAGGGAGAAACUACCAGAGAAGCUCGGCUGAAGUGCGUCUAAAGUACAGAGACAUGGAUUUUACUCGGUUGCUGUCGCUCCUGUUGGUUUCCUGCUGUUUUCCGGCCUCACAUGCCACAGGUAAAGGCCGCGGGUUCAUCGGGUUUAAGGACCCUGAAAACUCAGAACAAGUUGUUGUGGACCAGGCAACAGCUGACACUCUGAAAAGUAAUCUCACCACAGUCUUCAUCCCGAUCUUGUACAUCAUCGUGUUUGCGGUGGGACUCCCCGCCAACGGCAUGGCCAUCUGGGUGUUUCUCUUCAGGACCAAGAAGAAGCACCCAUCGUCCAUCUACAUGGCCAACCUGGCUCUGGCCGACCUGCUGUUCGUCAUCUGGACGCCCCUGAAAAUCUCCUACCAUUUCAACGGCAACAACUGGAUCUACGGAGAGCCGCUGUGCAAAGUCCUCGUGAGCUUCUUCUAUGGGAACAUGUACUGCUCGGUUCUUUUCAUCACCUGCCUCAGCGUGCAGAGGUACUGGGUCGUGGCUCACCCUCUGUCCCAGCAGAGGAAGAACAACAAAAUGGCCAUUGGUGUCUGUGUGGCCAUCUGGCUGUUUGUCUGGCUCACCACCACGCCUCUGUACCUGUAUGACCACACUGCCAAACUCAAAGACCCCAACAUAACCACCUGCCACGAUGUCAACAUCAUAGAGGACGCCCUCAACCCGUUCCCCUCUGUCAAGUUCCCUUACUUCUACUUCAUCUUCAUGGGUAUGGUUGUGUUCCUCGUCCCUUGUGUCAUUAUCAUUGUGGCCUAUGUUCUGUUACUCAGGGCUCUGGGGAACAGCAUGGAGGAGAGCACGGCAUCAAAGAACCGCCAGAAAGCCGUGGCGUUGAUUGCGACCGUCCUGGUGACAUUCCUGGUGUGUUUCCUCCCCAGUAACAUCAUGCUGGUGGUGCAUUACUCUCUACUCAAGGAUGGAGUGAUCAAUAAUGGUUACAGCUUUUACCUCUCCACAUUAUGCCUGGCCAGCCUCAACAGCUGCCUGGACCCGUUCAUCUACUACUUUGUGUCAGAGGACUUCAGAAACCACGUGAAGAACACUCUGCUGUGCAGGAGCAGCAGGACUGUGGAGAGGAUGAGGGUUUCAUUCAGUUCCAUGAAAUACUCCAGGAAGAGCAAGUCGUACGUGUCGGAUAGCGGGAACACACAGAGCAGCAGCUGUUAGUCAGAGAAAGGAGAGCAAAGAAAGGCUGAAGGGAAGUCACGUGUCAUGCUUGUCUGCGCUUGUACUCUGGUGUACUGAAAACACGGUAGCUCACAGACCUCGUUGCACUGGGACUCUGUAGUUACGUCCGUGAUAACAAUGGACUUUAGGCCCCUCAGGUGCAACCAGGUAACCUCAACGCAUCAGAUAGCCAAAGAUGAACUUUAAAUGUGAAGAUGACUGUACUUUCUAAAUGUAUAUGAUUUCAUUAUGAACUGUUAAAAUGUGAAACACAAGUACAUAUUUUAGUUUUUUCUAUAUGAAUGGAGAGAGGGUAUGUUAAAGACUGAUACUUAGUCCUCUUGCUUGCACAAAAUCUGUUUUUUUCCCUAAUAUUUUGACUGAGUUCUGCACUGAAUACCAUUUAAAGCAAGUGACACCUGUAAUAAGACUAAAUCAACUUGACAUGUUCAGGGGAAUGGAACAUGAAAGCAUGUCAAGUUAUGACUUUGAUGAGGGUGUCAAUGUAGCUCAAAUCAACAAAAGGUGUGUAUAUAAUAUUCACUGCUGUUUUGUUGUUUUCUGUCUUGCCUAUUUGGCACACUCCUGCCGCCAGCAAGUUUUAUCUAUUUUAUUCUACCUGUUGAGUUUGAUGAGGAAAAAGUUGAAACUGUUACAUAGCCUCUUAAAUAAAUGAUAAAACAACAGGAA